CAAGGAUGGCGUAGUCCGGGUCCGCAGAUUGGCCCGCGGGCGUGUAGCUUGUUCGCUAACUUGCUCGCUGGGCCGGCGGCGGACCGGCAGCCCGAGCUGGGGCAGGCCAUGAAGCUGACCCGGAAAAUGGUGCUGUCCCGGGCCAAGGCCUCGGAACUGGAGAGCGUGAGGAAACUAAACUGCUGGGGCAGCCGCCUCACCGAUAUUUCCAUCUGUCGAAGCUUGCCCAGCAUCGAAGUGAUCACACUCAGUGUCAAUAGCAUCUCCAGCCUGGAGCCCGUGAGCCACUGCCUGACCCUGAGUGAGCUCUACCUGCGGAAGAACCGCAUCUCCAGCCUGGGCGAGCUCUUCUACCUGAAGGGCCUGCCGCGCCUGAAGGUCCUGUGGCUAGCGGAAAACCCCUGCUGCGGCCCUGACCCACGACACUACCGCAUGACCGUGCUCCGCAACCUGCCCGGCCUGCACAAGCUGGACAACCAGACUGUCGCUGAAGAAGAACUGUCUCAGGCCUUGAUUGAGGGUGAGGAGAUCACGGCCGCCCCGGCCAGGCAGGCCUCUGACAACAGUCAUCCCGAGCCCUCAAGGGAGCUGAGCACCAUCGACUUGUCUGCAGACACGGAGAGCGACCCACUCCAUGAUAGCAUGGAGGAAACCAACAAAAUCCGGGAGCAGCUGGGCAUGAGGCCUCUCCCCAGGGACCGGUUUUCCUCUUUCUCCCCAAGAGCAUCAGUCAGUAACCGAAAGAAGAGGGUGAGUGUGCCUGGGAGCGCUCUCCCAUGUACGCAGUGCGAGGACCGGCCUGUAGGAGCCCCAGGGCUCCCCACUUCUCCAGAGGCUGGACUUCUGGCAACGCCCCCUGAAAACAACAUCCUGAAUGCUGUCCUGCUGCUUCUGAAGGAACUAGACGCUAAGGAACUGGACGAUGUCCAGCAGGCAGUUGGCCGCCGACUCCAGGCCCUUCGGAAACCAGAGCUGCCUGAGGAAUGCUAGGGCCCGGGCCCCCUCUGUCCACCUGAAGGUCAUCUGCUACAGCCUGACCCCAGCUGACAGACCUGUGCUGGGAAGCCUUUGGCCUAUGGUCAGCCCACGCAGUCUGUCACGUGGCUGCUCCCCACCCGGGUGGCCAGCGCACCAAGGGGACAGGCUGCAGUGGGCGGAGAGAAGAGGCUCUGAGUCUGUCCACGGCCACAUUUCCAGAGCUCACUCUAGUAUGUGAAUAUUUGGGAUCUGCUCUCACUUUUAGAUCUUAGCUUUCCCAUUGGGUGACGAGGGAUUCAUCUGGUGGUGGCACCAUCAAAGGCCAUUUCCCUUAUAAAGCAUUUCUCCAAAAUGCAGUCUUCCAAGUAGACAUUUUCUAAAUGACAAGAAUUGUUUCCAAGUGUCCUUGCCCAUCCCAUGGGCCUGGAGAGACCCACAGCGAGGUGCCCUCAGAGCCAAGCUUCCAGGGAGAAUUCCAGUCAUGGGGUUUCAGCUGAGCCUCCUUCUGGGCACCAGGGAAGAGUCCAGUGGCCUCCUCUCUCCUCUUCAGUCAUGUGCAUCAACCCAUCCAGCUGGGCUGAGCGGGACAGCAGCGGCACCCUCGGAGAUCCAGGCUACGGAGCACCAUGUGCCUACAGGCCUUCAGGAAGCAAGAGGGGCUGCCCUUUGCCAGAAGGUCUGAAGCUCUCAGAGGGUUGGGGUCCAUGAAGGGUCCCCAGGGAGAGACUCACCAGCGUUCGCCACCCAGUUACUGGGGGCCUUGGAUCGGAUCAAAUGCGUAUUCCCUGCGGCUGCCCUUUCCUUUCAGAUUGCUUAGCUGUGACAUUGAAUUUGACAGGCACAGUCAUUCACAGUGGGCCACGGAAGAGCCACAGCAGCACUGUGGCACGUGGCUGUCUGUUGGAAUGGCUGGCCCUUAGACUGAAUGGGAAAGGGCCACCUUGGGGGGAAGAGUUGGGAGUGCUUACUGCUUGUCUUUUCCUUAGGCUUCCUCCCACAAGCAUCUGAAUCUUAGUCAAAUAAAACAUUUUCAAAACA